CCCCAGCUGCUGACGUCAGCUGGCAGCCUGGGCUGAGCUCACGGCUCCGGACAUAGCGCCGAGGAAAAUGCUGCUCUCCGUACCGCCAAGGGCAGGAAUCAACCCUUACAACGGCUAUAACAACAGAAACAGCAAAAAGCAGGCCUAUGUGUCCUCCAGCCACCAGAUGGCGCCCCCCAGUCCCAACACCAACAGUAGUAGCAACAGCAGUGGGGGAGGGGAACAGUUGAGUAAAACUAACCUGUAUAUUCGUGGCCUUCAUCCUGGGACCACGGACCAAGAUCUGGUCAAGCUCUGCCAACCGUAUGGCAAGAUUGUGUCGACCAAGGCCAUCUUAGAUAAAACCACCAACAAAUGCAAAGGCUAUGGCUUUGUGGACUUUGACAGUCCAGCAGCAGCACAGAAAGCUGUUACAGCCCUGAAGUCCAGCGGGGUCCAGGCUCAGAUGGCUAAACAACAAGAGCAGGACCCCACCAACCUCUACAUCUCCAACCUGCCAGUAUCUAUGGACGAGCAAGAGCUGGAGAGCAUGCUCAAGUCCUUUGGCCAGGUCAUCUCCACACGCAUCCUGCGAGAUGCUAGCGGGACCAGUCGCGGCGUAGGAUUUGCAAGAAUGGAGUCCACAGAGAAGUGCGAGGCCAUAAUUCAGCAUUUCAAUGGCAAAUUCAUCAAGACUCCACCUGGAGUGCCUGUGCCCACAGAGCCCUUAUUAUGCAAGUUUGCAGACGGGGGUCAGAAGAAGAGGCAAAACCAGGGAAAGUACCUGCAGAAUGGUAGGCCCUGGGCUAGAGACGGUGAUACAGGAGGAAUGACGCUUGCGUAUGACCCCACAGCCUUACAAAAUGGCUUCUACUCCUCACCCUACAGUCUGGCACCAAACCGAAUGAUCGCCCAGACUUCCCUCUCACCCUACAUGCAUUCUCCUGUCUCAUCCUACCAGGUACACAGCCCAUCCUGGAUGCACCAUCAGUCAUACCUCAUGCAGCCAGCUGGUACAGUUCUUACCCCAACAAUGGAACACGCCAUGUCCAUCCAGCCCACCUCCAUGAUGGGACCUCUCACCCAGCAGCUGACCCACCUUUCCCUGGGCAGCACAGGCACAUAUAUUCCGGCCAACACAUCUAUGCAGGGGACCUACCUCCCCCAGUACACCCAAGUGCCUCCCUCCAGUGUCCCAGUGGAGGAGAAUGGUGGUCAACAGCAACAGGUUUCCAUGGAGACCCCUGCCGAACACACAAACUACUCAUACCAACACAACAAGUGAAACAAAGCAGGGUGGGGCCUAGAGCAGGAGAAAAAUCCAACCACAGGAUUCUGCUGAAAGACAACUGUGCUCCGCACCUAGCACCCGGACUUGAACAUGGAUAACAAAAGGAACAUGUGUGAGUGUUUUUGUGUUUGUGUGUUUGUGGGUGCGUGUGUGUUUGUAUGUGUGUAUGUCUGUUUUUUCGUUUGUUUUUUAAGAAAAAGGACAACACCCAAAAUAUCUGACUUUCCUGCUCACAAUCCUCAAGAGUUUUUCAACCAAAGGUUGGGAAUCUUCCUCACAGAAGCUAAGCUCUAUUUUGAUUACUGAAAAAGGAACAUAACAAGAAGCUGAACAAAAAAGAAAAUUAAGAGAGGAGGAAAAGACAUAGAGCAUUAUUUUUGUGCACGCAAUGUAACAAAUUCUUAUUUUUUAAAAAGCAUUCUGGAUGUUUCAGGGUGAUUCAAGAAAGAGUUGAAACACAAUGUGUCUUUUAUUUUUUUGUAAAAUAUGCAAACUUGUAUGUUUGUCUUUCCUGAUGUCUGUUGUUUGACGUUCUAUUUGCAGCAGCAUGGACAACGAUUUGUACAGAUUUCAGAACUUACACACACUUUGUUGGUCUGGUGUCAUUAACCGUUUAAAGCUACUUCUACUCUUAUAGACCAUGUUAGACCAUAGUUUAACUUUGUGUUAGUGUUUAACUUUCAACCAUUCUUUCAUAUGUGAACAAAAGACAAUCAAUUAUUUCUAUUUAUAUUGAAUUAUAGGUCUAUUUUGAAGAAUCUAAGAUCUAAGAAUUUUUAGAUCAUUUAAACAUACAUUUAUAGAAAAGAAGUUAUUCAAUACUUAAGUUUUUACAGUCAAGAUGAAGUGGACUCUAAAGGAUGUGUACCCAACAUUCAUAAUUACCUCUUACAUUUGGCCGAUGACUUUACAUCAAAAUGGCUUCAUAAGACAUGUUCAUACUAAAAGUAGUUCCCUUUUUGUCAUAGAGUAUUUGUUGUUGCAUCCGUGUCCAUAAGAAGUGGUUUUAAGCGGUUCUAUUAUGACUAGCCAUAAGGCAUCAUUGAUUUCAUGCUGCUUCAGAUUUGAUUGGUUACUGAGAGAGUAUGUGUAGAAAGAGCAAUGCAGUUACUAAAUUAAGAUUUAGUUUUGCAAAAGCAAUGAGGGAAAUCAAAUAGAGAACUAAUACAAAUCCCUGAGAGAGAGUAAUUUGUGUGAUAGGAAAGGGAACUGUAAAUCUGUUUUUUUUUUCAAUGCUGCUGCUGAGUUUGAUUUUUCUUCCAGUGAUGUUUAGUUUGUAGGAAGUUCAUUGUAUUCUUUUUGUCUGUCACUUGAAAACCUUUUGAGCUACUUUGCCUUAUUUUUGAUGAAUAUAUCUUUGAAGUAGAUUGGAUUUUAGCUUUAGAAUUACCUUUUUUUUUUUUUUUUUUUUUUUUUUU